AUGACAGUCAAGGCGCUGCGAGUCAUUGCAGAUGGCAAGAAUGGCCUGGGGGCGUUUGUCCUUCAGUGCAAGAAACUGGACCUCCACUACUGCGACUGGGCGGGCAGCUCCAAGGGCAUGAACGGUUUCAUCAAGUCACUGCUCCCCAAGUUCGCAACCGCCAAUCCACAGAUCGAGUUUGCCGUUUCCCCGCGACCCGGCAAGCAUCCCGUCAUCAUCGGCCACUACAUCAACGGACGGACAAAGCCCAUCUGCGUGCGCAACCUCUCGCCGUACGAGAUUCUUCAAAAGGUGGAACUGUUGAGAGAUGCCAGCGGAGAGAAGCUGAGGCGGACGAACAAGGCCGUUCUCAGCACCAAGCCAAGUGUUAGAGGUAUCUGGUCUCCGUACCACGGCAAGGGUAUGGCUGUAUAA